AUGUCCGCUGCUGUCACUGGCCUCGUUUACUUUCUCAGCAAUUCUCUGGCCAUUGAGGUUUCUUUUCCCCAUUUUCCGAGUUUUAUCCAGUUGACCAAGAUAUGCCUCACUGAGCUAAGAUUCCUAGAGAUUACUAUGUUUAUCAAUUCUUGUAGCUUACUCAUGGCCUUGUCAUUGUGGGGCUUGCAAUUGGUUCAUUGUGGAGAAAACAAGGUAAACGUGUACUGGGACAUAGAGGAUUGCAAGAUCCCUGAUGGGUCAAGUCUUGAAGAGGUUGCGAGUAACAUAAAAAGUGCCCUAAAAACGCUGGUUGUGUUGGUCCGGUUUCAAUGA